AUGACUUAUUACGACAACUGGAGUGAAUUCCUACAUGAAGCAAGGCUCUUGUACUUUAGAACUCCACUAAAGACAAAAUAUGUCGUUAAGUAUCUUAAAGAGAAACACAAAAUCAUCUUGAAGGUCACAGACAACAAACAGUGCUGCAAGUUUAGGAUCAAUCCCGAGUCCAACAUUCGUCACGUACACCAAUUUAAUGCUCUAUUCCUCCAUUGGUCCGUUUCAAAGGACUUGGUUUCAGCUGAGGAUCUGCCCCUGAAGAUAGCAUCAAAAACCGCGGUUCGCACCAAGAGACCUGGCCGUCGUCGUAGAAUGUAG